AUGUCGAAGAUCUUUCUGUUCCUGACAUUAUUAUGUACCUGCGCAUUCGCGUCGGUACCGAAAGAUGCAAAGCAGCAGAAGCGGGGUCUCAUUGGUAACGAGGGGUGGAUCGGUCUACCGAGCCCUUAUGGACAUGGACAACCGUGGUCGAUCGCCCACACCCCCUGGAAAGGACUCAAACUUCCCGAAGUCAAUCUGUUGCAUCUGGCAGAUGCGACUUAUGGUAGAGGUGGCAUUGCUCUGGCGCCCGGAAUUCUGAAAACCCUUCCCGUGUACAUAACGAAGCAAGUGGUGGUGGAGAAACCGGUGCCAGUUCCGGAACCGGUGAUCAUAGAGAAACCGUAUCACGUGCCGUUACCGAUCGAGAAGAUCAUUCACAAACCGGUCCCCGUUCCGGUACCGGUACCUCAGCGUCCAAUACCGAUCCCGGUGAAACAGCCAAUCGCAGUGCCCGUGCAACAACCAUAUCCAGUUCCAGUAAAGCACCCGGUACCCGUACCGGUUCCGGUACCAGUCCCAGUUCCGGUGCACUCGCUGCCUCCGCUUCAGCUAAUCCCGAGUGGCGGUCUUCCUGGUGCCAUCUAUGCGCGCAACUUCGCACCCAAUCAUCUUUACGCCCAUUCGUUAUCAGCUAAUGUGCAUUUGGAUCAUGCCAUCGCUCCUCUUCACCCUAUAGCCGCCAUCUCACCCAUCGGCUCCAUCGGCUCCAUCGGCCCCAUCGGCUCCAUCGGCCCCAUCGGCCCUGUCGGUCCUAUCGGCCCUAUCGGCCCCAUAGGUCCCAUCGGCCCCAUCGGCCCUAUCGUUCCCAUCGCUCCCAUUGCUCCUAUCGCUCAUGAUUUCGAUCAUGGUCACGUGUUGACGCAUGAUUAUAGCCAUGAUCAUGACCAUCAUCACCAUGAUGUCCAUGUCGACCAUCUUGCCCAUGAGCACGAGCACAAAAAGAGGAAGACUGACAAGAAGACCAACUGAUUCAAGUACAAAAGGCGGCGAAUCGUCGAAAUCAUUGUAUAUAGAGAAAGGGAUCACUCGGUGCCUGUUAAUGUAUUUAGUUUUAAUGAAAAUUUCAAAAGAAUAAAAGGGAGAAUUCUAAUUUAUGUAUGUACGAAAAUACUUUAGGAUUCCCAUUGGAAUUAUAUCGAGUCGUUUUGCUUUGUGAGGGGGGUAGCAGCAAGGAUUUCUUACUUUCGCGUGAUUUCGUGAAUAUACUCGAAUAAUGGAGAAAUUAACUGCAUUUUAAGGAGCAUCGACAGUGCUAAACAAACUCGUAAGAUUUAGAUAAGUUUCGCCCUUUUUUAAGAUAUCCCAAUAAGAAAGUAACACUUAGAAAUUUGUUUAGAUUAUAUGUAAAGUAAUAUAUUUAGAAAUUUUCGUUGAUUUUAUCUAACAUUUUAAAAUAAUAUUAUAUGAACAUUUUUUAAUGAUUAUUUUGAAAGAUUAUAAACUUUAAAUUUGUAAAAAUAUGUUGAAAUGUUUAAAAAAAAUUAUUUCCAAGCUAUGGCAAAAUUUCAUAUUGAUGUAUACAACGUUAAAUACGACAUAUUCGAAAACAUUAUAUGUUAUUGAAUAUUGUUGUAAUAACAUAGCAGUAAUAAUUUUAUGCUUACUAGAAUCUUUUUAUUUUUGUAUUCGCUUUUUUCCGAAUAUCUCACAAAGGAAAGCU